AUGGAGCCCCAAGCUUUGGAUUAUCGAGCAUCGUCAAAACAUUGCGGUAGCGCAAAACACGUUAAACAAAGCAUCGGUGGUUCAUUGUUAUCAGCUUCAGAGCCAGCGCAGUCAUGGACGGCCACGAGGUGCCACCGCCUUCUGCGACCGCUGCUCGCUCAUAUUUCCGCUCUUAGGAAGGAAAAGGAGCGGAGGACGUUCGUGCAAGUUGGAGCGGUUUCCGGUUCGAUAUCAACUUCACGACCGGCAACAAAAUCUCGAAGGAACGUGUUGGGAAAACGCAGUUAUCCGAGCUCUGAUUCAGACUACAAAGACGAAAGAAAGACCUAUCGAAAAUACUCCAGGAAAACAUCCCGCAGAAGAAGAUCAUCAUCAUCGAGCGACCAGUCAGCGACGCCCCAGCGGAAUGUUCAAAGGCAACGCCGCCAGCCGGGCCCUAAGGGGCCCCAAGACGUCGUGUUGCCGACACCUUUUCUCCGCCGUGUCCGGAACCACCAGCUCUCUUCACCAGCCAAGGCUCCGUACGACGCUCAUGAGGAAGAGCCGGUCCCCGCAAGCAGCCGUUGUAGUCACAGCGGUGGUAGCUGCAAGACGAAAUGCGCCUACGCGGUGGAGUUAGCUGGGUUCCGGCCUAUUGUCGAUUCUGCUAGGCACGGCUUAUACGAGUCCGUUUUCAAGUCGUUCGAUGCCAUUUUGAGGGUUACCUCUCCCCGGGGAGGCCAUACGAAAGGACCCAGGUCGCUCAUGGCCAUGUGUCUACGGAAAGUCCCGGCUUACAUUGCGGGGAUAGAGGAGUGGGAAAGGCAGGAAGCCGAGGAGAAUGGCACGAAGGCGGCCGUUCAGGGUGCUGGGAUGUCGUUCAAGAUUUACUCGGAGCUUGAGUCUCUCGGCGCGGUGGACGGAUGGACUCAUCUGUGCCUACUCUUGCGGGCUCACGCAGUUCAGAUUAUUCGAGACGCUGUGGCGGAAGAGUUGAUGGAGGAUCUAGUGACUGGCCUGUUCGUACGGGUAUGCCUCGAGUACAUGCCGUCAACGGAGUGCACCGAUCUCAUCGAGACCUUCGUUGUCCGCCAAUACCCGAAACCUGUGUCUCCCGAUGACGACUUAUUCGCCUCCUCCGCGCUUCGGCCGCUCAGUACUCUCCGGGCUUGCGAUCCCACGGGGAAAUCGAUUCUGCCCCGAAUCCUCACCAAACUUUUCGCCAACGACCUACUUCCCGUCGACUGGGUGUUGAAUAAGACCUUCAAGGCCUUGUGGCCCUCGACGAUCCGGCAUAUUACGCAUACCAAACCAUGUGACGCUACUUUAGGCUUUACUAUCACUACCCUUGAACUUCUCUGCGCCCUUGCCUUCCCCAGGAAACCACGGGGUGUACCUCAGAAACGCCUUCAGGGGAGACCUCAAUUAACUUUAGUCAGUGCCAUCGCGGCUCUUGGGUCCGUUAUUCUCCUGAGCGAAGAGGGGUCAGCCGAGACCACGGAAACCCCAACAAUUACCCGUACUACCAUUAUCCAACGAAGAAUCCGAUACAUCACAUCAACAUUCUCCGCCAAUCUCAAACGUCGCAAAGCCCCCACGCGCAAACUAGGUGUUUAUCUCUUAGCACUUUGUUCUCUCCUCUCUCUUUCGGAACUCCCAGCCUCCUCCUCCGAGACCUCCACCGCGCCAGCCUCGUCUACUGUGGAGGCAGCCUGGGCAAACGUCCAAAGCUGCCACAAUGAUCCCGCACUCCUACUCCAAUACGACGCCACUACCGCCCUCAUGAGCGCCAUGGCCCACCACUGCAGCCGUGGCACCGGCCUCCCCCCUCAUUUCUAUCUGACACGGUUUUGUGACAAGCUCGAGACUCUGGGGCUCCCUACCAAUGCGCUAUCUAACAUGCGCGUGGAUGGCGCGCUCAAGUUGGCCGAGCUUACCGGAGACCUGAGGGACUUGGAGAUGGCCGAAGGGCUCCGGAAGAAGCAGGUCACGGAGCCUGCGCAAAUUACACCGGCAAGGUCUGGAGGAAAAGGGAGAAAGCCAAAGUCAUUUUCAGGGAUACGGUGGGAUGAUGGGAUCAGCGAAUGGUUGGCUGCUACACCGGGCUCGGAAAUUCGUGCUGCCCCUGCGGACAAGCUCCGUAGAAGCUCCCGGUUUAUAGCGGAGGACGACAACAACACGGAGCGAAGCGAGUCGGAGGCGAGUGUGGAUGGAGACGACACCGAUGUCGACCACGACCAACAGCCCACACCGGACGAGAGCGACACCUCUAGCACCAACUCCGACACAGACUCGGAGGGCGAGGAUAACGAAGAGGAACAUAACGACACGACACUCUCGCCCAACACCGAAGCAUCACCUGUCUCCAAUUGCAAGCAGGCAUCCAUACCAAAACCAUCCGCCCCCACACCACCAUUGCCACAAGGCAGUUUCCUUGCGGCUCGCCCGCGCCGUCUCUCCCGCCCUUUCACCAUCACGCGCGCCCGCGACGAGCUAGCGUUUGAUACCAUUACGACGACAACCACCACAACGGCCUUCACUCGCAGUAUCGGCCCCAGCGGUACCGGUCGCAGCAGCAUCACCUCUACAAACACCAACCGAAGGCUGGCGCGAGCCUCACUUGUGUAUAUGCAGCCAAACAUUGGCGUCCGGGUACGGAAUAGAGAAGGGGGGAACGAGAAAGGAGACCUGAAGAGGCGGAAAUCGGAGGGUGUUGUUAGGCGAGUCGAAUUAGAUGUGGAUGGGAGUGAUGAUGAGUUGAGUUUUAUUUAA